AUGAUUCCCGCUUUCCUAUAUAACAGUUUGCCCUUCUCUAUAUCUCUUGCAAGUUGUAUCAUAGCUUUAACCUACAAAAUUGAAAUCAUAAAACACUCAAUUUCGUUAGUUUUUGUCAAAGUAGUAUCAAGUGGUGGUGGACACUAUCCCCCACAACAUACAACAUACCCUCCUCAAGGGUAUGGUUAUCCUCCUGCUGGUUAUCCCCCAUAUGGUGGGUAUCCAUCAAACGGUGCUGGUGGAUAUCCGCCGCAUGCAUAUCCUGGUUCAUCAGCUCCCUAUCAUUCAGGGCAUGGUGGUCAUGGAGGGCAUGGUAUGGGAUUCCUAGCUGGUGGUGCAGCACUUGGGGCUGCUGCAUAUGGCGCGCAUCAAGUGUCACAUGGAUAUGGUUCCCAUGGUUAUGGAGCUCAUGGCUAUGGUGGCUAUGGACAGCACCAUGGUAAGUUCAAGCACGGGAAGUUUGGUAAGCAUGGGAAGUUUGGCAAGCAUGGAGGGAAUGUUACUUAUCAAUUGAAACUAAACAAUCUGCUAAAUUCCAAUUCACAUUACCCAAUUAGGCAAUAUCAUAUAACAUAUCCACCUCUUGCGUAUCCUUAUCCUCCUCCUGUAGGUUACCCACCUGCUGCUUAUCCUCAUCAUGGUGGAGGUUAUCCUCCCGUGUGUCCUCCGGCUGGAGGUUAUCCUCCGGUAGCCUAUCCUGCAUCUUCAGCUCCUUAUUAUUCAGGGCAUGGAAGGCAUGGUCAUGGAGUGGGAACAUUCCUUGCUGGAGGUGCAGCUGCAGUGGCUGCUUCUUAUGGAGCUCAUCAUAUGCCUCACCAUGGCUAUGGGUCACAUGGUUAUGGUUAUAACUAUGGGUGUCACCAUGGUAAAUAUAAGCACGGAAAGUUCAAGCAUGCGAAGUUUGGUAAGCGCUGGAAGCAUGGCGGGAUGUAUGGGAAGCACAAAUGGUGAAAUGAUUUCUGAAGUGAUGUGUGAUGUUUGAACAAUUCUCAUAUAAUCUAAUCGAAGAAUCGAAGUGUUUUAUAAGCAUAAUCAUGCAUGGAGAAUUAUUGUGAAGUGGAAAUCAAGACAUGUAUGAUUUUCGUGUACUAGCUAGUUAAAACUGAGAUUGGAACAAACAAGUUUUUUUUAAUGCAUACAUGAAAGUGAGAGCAAAAAAAAGACAUUACACCACAAGGAAAAAGGCCAUUACCGGCCACAAAAGUCGCCGGUAAAAGUCCCAAAAAUCGCCGGUACCGAUAAUAGCGGCGACGCGUCACCGGUAAUGAGUUGCCGCUACUGCCUCGUCGCUAUUGAUCAGUUUGUCGCCGCUAAAGAUAAUAGU